AUGGCCUUUCCCUGCCUCGACAAGCUCGAGACUCGCUCCGAGACGCUCAAAGAAGCCGCCGCCGCCGCCCUGUCGUCGCCGAGGUCGAGGUUAAGGAACAGCAGCCACCCCGAGGAGCCGUCGUACACGUCGGGCGCUACCCUCGUCCACCACUGCCGCGAGCCCCUCGCCCUCGACUGGGGCGGCGUGCUGCCCGACUUCACCAUCGCCUACGAGACCUGGGGCCGCCUCAACGCCGACCGCUCCAACGCCAUCCUGCUGCACACGGGCCUGUCUGCUUCCUCCCACGCCCGCUCCACCGACGCAAACCCGCAGCCCGGCUGGUGGGAGCGCUUCAUCGGGCCCGGCCGGCCCCUCGACACGGACCGCUUCCACAUCAUCUGCACAAACGUCGUCGGCGGCUGCUACGGCUCCACCGGGCCCGGCAGCAUCGACCCGGCAAACGGCGAGCGCUAUGCCACCCGCUUCCCCAUCCUCACUGUCGAGGACAUGGUCCGCGCCCAGUUCCGCCUGCUUGACGGCCUCGGCAUCCGUCGCCUGUACGCCAGCGUCGGCGCCUCCAUGGGCGGCAUGCAGUCCCUCGCCGCCGGCGUCCUCUUCCCCGACCGCGUUGCUCGCGUCGCCUCCAUCAGCGGCUGCGCCCGGAGCCACCCCUACAGCAUCGCCAUGCGCCACACCCAGCGCCAGGUGCUCAUGAUGGACCCCAACUGGAACCGCGGCUUCUACUACGACGACGUCCCUCCCCACGCCGGCAUGAAGCUCGCCCGCGAGAUUGCAACCGUCACCUACCGCUCCGGCCCGGAAUGGGAGCAGCGCUUCGCCCGCCGCCGCGCGGACCCCCGCCAACCCCCGGCCCUGUGCCCGGACUUUCUCGUCGAGACGUACCUCGAUCACGCCGGCGAGAAGUGGUGUCUCGAGUACGACCCCAACAGCCUGCUCUACGUCAGCAAGGCCAUGGACCUCUUUGACCUCGGCCGCGAGAACCAGCUCGCCGCCGCACACCGCCGCGCCCACCGCGACACGGACCUGCGUUCCGGCGCAUGCCUCCCCGGCGACGCCCGGUGCGGCCUCACCCUGCCCGACUUUCCCUACGAGGAGCAACCCGAGACCCAGCCCGACGCCUCUGCCGCCUUGGGAGGGCAGCAGCCGCAGCAGGAACAAUCCCUCGACAACGGCGCCUCCCGCCCGCCCACUGACCUGGUCCUCGGCCUCGCGCCCCUGCGCGACACACCGACGCUCGUCAUGGGCGUCGCCAGCGACAUUCUCUUCCCCGCGUGGCAGCAGCGCGAAGUUGCGGAGUCGCUGCGUCUUGCCGGCAGCAGCAGUGUCACCUACACGGAGCUGAGCGAGGAGCAGAGUCUCUUUGGCCACGACACCUUUCUGCUCGACCUGGAGAAUGUGGGGGGGAACCUGCGCAAGUUCCUGGGCUGA